GAUGCAGCAACGCAGACUCCGACAUCCAGCUGGGAGACUCAGUCGACCCAAGUCUCGCGUAGUAUCAGCUUCCAUUAAAAAAUUCUGAUUUUGGGUUUGUUUAUUAAUUGUAUACGACUCUCGGUGAUUCAUUAAUCGUGAUCAAAGUAAAUUGAAGUUGUUUAGAAAGUUUGCUACCAUUUAUUCGAAGAAAGAAGAUGCAAUUCCAUCGCCUUUUGCUCCACUUUCUCGUCUGUUUCGCUUCGUUCCAACUCUCAGUGGGAACGCUCGGGUUUGCCAACAUGUACGCCAAACGGCUCUAUGACGAUUUGCUCAGUAAUUACAACCGACUCAUUAGACCAGUUAACAAUAGCACGGACAAGCUUACAGUCUGGCUGAACCUCAAACUCUCUCAGCUCAUCGAAGUGAGUCUGAGAAACCAGGUUAUGACCACAUCCAUGUGGCUCGAACAGAAAUGGACAGACUAUCGUCUGGUGUGGGAUCCGGCCGACUACGAGGAUGUCGAGAUGCUUUACGUACCGGCUGAAAACAUUUGGUUGCCCGACAUUGUCCUCUACAACAAUGCUGACGGCAAUUACGAGGUGACUUUAUUGACCAAGGCUACAGUCCAUCACACGGGUUUAGUCAACUGGAAUCCACCUGCCAUCUACAAGUCCAGUUGCGAGAUGGACGUCGAAUGGUUCCCGUUUGACAAGCAAAGUUGCCUCAUGAAAUUCGGUUCCUGGACUUAUGACGGUCACGAAGUCGAUCUGAUGCACAUGAUGCAGGAAACGGACAGCGGGAUCGAUGUCGUCUCCGCCAACAUUGUCACCGGCAUCAAUUUGACGGAAUUCUACCCGUCGGUCGAGUGGGACAUUCUAGAUGUUCCGGCCAGAAAGAACGAAGAGCGAUAUCCUUGCUGUGAAGAACCCUAUCCAGAUAUCACAUUCAACGUGACGAUGCGUCGCAAGACCCUGUUCUACACGGUCAACCUGAUCAUUCCGUGCGUGGGCAUCACGUUUCUGACGAUCCUGGUCUUUUACCUCCCUUCCGAUUCCGGUGAAAAGGUCACCCUGUGCAUUUCAAUCCUCGUCUCGCUCACUGUCUUCUUCCUCCUGCUCGCCGAGAUUAUUCCGCCGACCUCGCUGGCCGUUCCAUUACUAGGCAAAUAUCUUCUCUUCACCAUGAUCCUGGUGACAGUUUCCAUUAUCGUCACUGUCUGCGUUCUCAACGUUCAUUUCCGAUCCCCGGCAACGCAUCACAUGUCUCCUUGGGUCAAGAAAGUCUUUACGGUCAUCAUGCCACGACUUUUGCUCAUGAGUCGACCCAUCUAUCUGUGUCAGGGCAGCUGCGGCGACGAGCGCAAGAAUAAGAAGAACCAGUUCUACAACGGCAUCGAUUUUGGCGGCAGGAACGAUUCGACUCCGUACAUUUAUGCUCACACCUACCGGAAGAAUCCUUCUUGCCCGUCAGAGAUCCCCGGAGAAACGGUUCCGGCCAACGAUAUCACGGCCACGUUUGAAUUGCGCUCAUCCACUUACGGCAGCUACGCCUCUAGCAACCAGCCCAGGCAGCCGAUUUAUCACAAUUUCGGGCCGUUAACUUACGGAGAUGACGAUCUACUGCCGCCGGAUGUCAGCUGCGCACUGAGGAGCAUCCAGUUCAUUGCCAAGCACACGAAAGACACGGACAGAGAGAUCGAAGUGAUUGAAGACUGGAAAUUCGUGGCCAUGGUGCUGGAUCGCUUCUUUCUCUGGAUCUUCAUCGUGGCCUGCUUCGUCGGCACGGCCGCCAUCAUCCUGGAGGCGCCGUCCCUCUACGACGAGACGAUUCCGCUGGAUCAGCUAUCUCAUGCUUACUUUCCGACGGCCACCAAAUUGUCCAUGUGAAAAAGCAAAACAAACCUAACCUCCUACCGCCGACCGCAUCAUCUUAUUUUCGUCCGUCUCCUCCGCACACACACACAACACAGCAGCAGCAGGGAUCCUGAACUCCGUUGAUCCAGCAUUUCCUGUGUUAUACACACAUCUAUUAUAUAUAUAUCAGCCGUUUUUCUUUCUUUUUUUUCUUCUUUCUUCUUCUCCGUGUCUCAUUCAACCGGAAUGGAAUUCUUUUGUCCUUCAACUCCGGGCCGGCGGAUAGGGUACGACUUUUAUAUAUUUUUUUCUUUCCUACUACUCCUCGUUUCAGUUCGGUCCUUUUUUUUAUAUAACAAAUCCAAUCUGCCCGCUCUUCCGCCUCGAUUCCUCUUUUAGGACAUCUUCUUUUCCUUUCUUUUUCCUACUCGAUCCCUUUUGUUUCCACAUUUUGUUUUAUAUUUUUAUUCCUUCUCUUGUGCUCUCUCCUUCCUUGUUGUUCAAUCGUUUUUCGCCUCGGAGAAUAAUAAACUCGACUGCCAGAGAGUCAAGACUCAAAGAGUCGCAAAAAGAAAAA